AUGGCCCAGCGAGCCAGGCGCAUGUCCGAGCGGUACGCGCUGCGUGACAAGAAGGUGCGCAACAUGGCGGAGUCAGAGGACGAGGACCUGCGGGGCAUGGCGCCCAGGCGCACGACGACGCGGAGGACGGUGCGCAAGGUGUACAGGGACGCGCAGGGGGUCAGGACGGAGCACGAGGAGAACGAGGUCGUCGUAGAGCGGCGGGAGCGGUCAUCAAAACGGCGCCGCAAAAUGACACAUAGAUACAGCCCUGGAGAAGAAGACAGAAUGGCCGACUGGGGCCGAGAGGAGCAGCAGGUGGAUGUGGAUGAAGAUGAAAUCCUGGAGCGGCGGCACCACAGCCCCACCUCUGAACAAAGUGGGGACCUCAGUGAAUCUGAAAACACUGAGGCGAUCGAGUCUGAGAUGCAAGCUGCGUCAGGGACUUCUGGUGACUCUGAAGACACAGGAGAAGAGCAAGAGUCAGAGGAGGAUCAGGAAACACAGAAACGAUACUCCCUCAGGAGCAGACCGUCUGGCCAUGACAGAUCAGGAAUGCCCAGCUGCAAUGGUCGGGACCAAAAGAGGAGGGGAAAUGGCAGCGAUUACCGCCUGCGGCCACAGAAGCACAUCACAAAGUACUUUGAAGGCAACAACACUGUGCGGGCUGAUAAGGAUGACUACUUGGAGGUGGAUGAGGGUGUAGACUGCGAUGACUGUGAGGUUCCUGAUGUGGAUAUCGUGCCCGACACUGUGGGGCUCAAUGCCAUCAAGGCGACAGCGUCAGGCUCCUGCCUCCCAAGUGUUGAGCGUGGCCCAAAGCUUCACAAGAACAAGAUGCCUGUCUGGGGAAGAGGUGGAGCAGGUGCCCCUGACGUUGGCCCGAUAGAGGUCGACCCCUCCCUUACCUUCAACGAUGUUGGUGGCAUGGAUGACUGCAUCACACAACUCAAAGAAAUCACCUUUCUGCCUCUCAUAUACCCUGAGCUGUUUCAACAGUUCAACAUCACACCGCCCAGGGGCAUUCUGUUUCAUGGCGCACCCGGCACAGGCAAGACGCUGAUGGCCAAGGUUCUUGCGGCAGAGGCCUCCCGUGGAGGCAGGAAGGUCACCUUUUUCAUGCGGAAAGGAGCUGAUGUGCUGACAAAGUGGGUUGGGGAGUCAGAACGGGCACUGAGGGCCCUUUUUGAAGAAGCUAAGAAAUGCCAACCGUCCAUUAUUUUCUUCGAUGAGAUUGAUGGCCUCGCACCUGCUCGCAGUGGAAGGAUGGACCAUGUGCACAACUCACUGGUGGCGACUCUUCUUGCCCUCAUGGAUGGGCUGGAGUCCAGAGGAGAGGUCAUCGUCAUCGGUGCCACCAACAGGGUGGAUGCCAUCGACGACGCGCUGAAGAGACCUGGCCGAUUUGACAGGCUGUACAGGUUCAGUCUGCCCGAUGCUACCGCCAGGAGAAAAAUCUUGAAGAUCAAUACACGACAGUGGGCCACUCCUCCGGACCCCGCUGUUGUGGGAGAGCUUGUCAGCUUGACAGCAGGCUACUGUGGAGCAGAUUUGAAGGCUGUCUGCACUGAGGCCUUCUUCGUGGCAGUCCGCCGUACUUUCCCACAGGUGUAUGAGAGCAGACAGAAACUCCUGCUUGCCUCCAGCAAGGUGCGGGUCACUCGUGCGGACUUCCUUGCAGCCCUCAGCGCAGUCACUCCAUCGGCAACCACAUCUGGAGCCAAUUUUGCAAGGCCCAUGAACCCUCUCCUUGCACCGUGUCUAUCAGAACACGUGUGUGACGUGCUGGACAAGAUUCGUACAGUAUUCCCUGUGGCAGAGCUGUGCAUCAUGGAUGGCGGAACGCCUCCUGAGCCAGUUGGCAGGAGUGAAGCCGCAGGAUUUGCAUGCUUCAAAGCACCAGGCUCACUUCUCAUUUGCGGGCAGAGGGGCUGCAUGCAGCAUGUUGUGGGCGCUGCGGUGCUCCACAAGCUGGAGCGCUUGCCUGUGAUGAACCUGGGCAUGACUGACCUGCUGACAGCCGGGGGAAUGUUUCUCGAGGAGGCGCUUCUCAACAAGAUCAAGGAGGCUCGCCGGUGUGCCCCCUCCAUCCUGUACCUCCCAGACUUCCACGUCUGGUGCAGGUCGGCCUCUCACAGUCUGAAGAGCGUGCUGGAAGUGACCUGUAAAUACCACCUGUCUGCCCCUGUGCUGGUGUUAGCCGUUGCAGAGGGGCCUGCUGCGGAUAUGAUGCCGCUGUUCAGGAAUUUUGUGGGGGAUGUCCCACAGUACGUAGGCUGCUGCCUUCCCCAAGUGCUUGAGGUGCACAGACCCAAUGAAGGCCAACGGAAGCAGUUCUUCCAGGGCAUAGUGCAGGAGGCAGCAAAGCCCCCUGAGCCCCAGCCUGCCACGCUGCGUGGACCCCCUCCCAACCUCCCAGUGGACAGGUCUGCGCUGCAACGCGAUGCAGAGGCGAUGCUGAGAGAGGAAGAGAAAGCCAUUCGUGAAAUGCGAAUGGCACUAAGGGAGGUCACCAACACCCUCAUGGCGGAUGCAAGUUUUCACAUUUUCAUCGAGACAGACGAUCAGCUUGAAGACAUGGAGGCCUGGGAGAACUCAGAGGCACCACCGGGCUUCUACAAACUUCUUGAGAAUGUAAAUGACAACAAGUACAGAAACCCACAGACAUAUCUUAAGGAUGUGGAUGGACUUGUCCGUCUGGCUCUGCAGCGUAUCAAGGAAAGGGAUGGUCGUGCUGAGCUGGUAAAGAGCAAAGAUCUUGGCCAACGGGUCAAAGACACUGCCAGAUUGUUGGUGGAGUCCAAGAUUAGCCCUUCCCUAAUCACAAAAUGCAACUCGCUGGUUGCCAAACUCGAUGCACCUGAGGAGGAGGUUCAGGGCAGCCCAAAUGACAAGAGAUGCAAUGGCCCUGCAGCAACCACUGGGGAAGAUGCCUCCUGCUCGGAAUCCCCUCUGCAAGAAGAUGAGGGAGCUCAUGAGCGUCGUGUAAGCACCAGACGGACUGGUAGAACCUUGAGCAGAAGUGUUGUCUAUGAUGAUCCUGAGGUGGCAAUGAGGAAACUGAGGAGUUUGGCAAGGGAGAAGGGUCAAGGAGAUCUGCUCAGGUCGUCUGCAGGCUGUGGUGCAAUGGCUGAAGAUGAGAGGGAGCAGACGCCACCAGAGCCUAGGUCGCACAAUGGUUGCCUCGAUCGUGAGGACGGCUCAUCAGGCCCAUCGCAAGACACCUGCUCCGCUCCGCCCCCUGCUCCCGAGCGUCAAGCCAAACAAGAAGACUUGGCCACCGCAGAGGUGGUCUCGCAGCGGCUUGCAAAAGCCACAGAGGACUUCUCACUGGACCAGCUGUUGCUACUGCAUUCCAAAAUAGCAAGGAAGGUGGCGUCAUCCCAGGGUGCAGUUGACCGCGGCGCUGUGCUCAACAGCAUCGCGGAGCAGUGCUUGCAGGUCCGUCGCAUGGGCAGCAACUGGACAUCCUUGGACGACCAUUAA